AUGGCUCCGCAGCGACAAACUCCCCAGAGGCCACAAGAUGACCCUUCUUUAGACCAAGACAAGUAUAAAGAAGGAGGGAAUGACAUGGACAAAGACGGUGACCUGAUACGCUCCAUGAGCAUUACAGAAGGCCAGGUCACAUGUGUUCCAGACCCAGCCAGCCCCCACGGCUCCUUUCUAGAGGCUGCAAGGGCAUGGCCGUAUGCCAUAGUCUGGUCUAUUGUGUUCUCCAACACUCUAAUUCUAGUUGCAUACUGCCCGGCGUGGAUUGCCCAAUUAUACGCACUGCCGGCGUUCACUACGCGUUUCGGCUAUGAAUAUCAGGGUCAAUAUGUCAUUGAUGCAAAAUGGCAGGCGGCCCUAGCUGCCGCUUCGAUGGGAGGCCAGUUCAUCGGGGCUCCGGCGAUCGCAAUACUCAUGGACAAAUAUGGUCGGAAGCCCGCCUUCAUGGGCUGUCUUGUUGUGAUCGCAAGUUUUACGUUUAUACAGAUCUUCAGCACGACCCUCCCUGUUCUCCUGACUGGCACAAUACUUGUUGGCACCGCGCUGGGCUGCUUCGGCGUGUUGUCCUUGACGUACGCGAUGGAGGUGGCACCGUUGCACUUGCGAGGUGUCCUUGGGGGAGUUUAUAGCAUUGGAAUUGUCAUUGGACCUUUGCUCUCGGUCGUGAUCGCUCAGGGGGCCGUUCACAUGAGCAGUGUCUGGGGAUACCGGAUGGGAUUCGCUGUCCAGUGGGCUUGGCCGCUGUUUCUUCUCCCAUCCGUCGCCUUUGCCCCGGAAAGCCCGGUCUGGUUGAUACGCCAAGGCCGUGCAGCUGAUGCUGAAGCGGCCCUCAGGCGAUUGGCAGUCUGGGAUCUGGAUGUUUUGCCCGAUUUAGAGCGCAUCGUAGCGUUGGAUCUCCACGAACAGGCUCUUGAGGCUAGUUCCAGUUAUCUGGAUAUCUUCAAGGGCACCAAUCUCCGACGCACCUUGAUCUCUGCGGUUAGCUACGCAUCCAUAGCGACUACUGGAAACACACUGACCAAUAGUGGGGCUUAUUUCAUGCUGUGGCAGGAAGGGGCUGACCAAGAGCGAUAUGUAGUGGUUGGAGUGGAUGCUAAUACAGGGUUCUACUGGUCAUUGGCCUGUAGCCUUGGUGCAUUUCUUGGCUCUCUCCCAAGUUUGUGGAUUCUUGCCAAGUACCGGAGACGAUGGAUCUACUUCUGGGCCCAGCUUUCUGGCGCAGUCUGUUUGCUUGCCAUUGGCUUCAUUCAGAUCAAUCCUCAGUACUACGAGACGUACAACAGUGUUUUCACACAGGGUGCUUUUAUGGUCAUCUGGAAUCUCAUUUACGGCGCAGCCAUCGGCCCUCUGUCCACCGUCAUCAUGGGCGAGGUUCCUAGCAACGCUCUCAGGGCCAAGACAGUGGCGUUUGCAACGAUGACCCAGGUGGCACUCAUGGUGGUGGGCUUGACUAUCAACCCUUACUUUCUGGAUCCCGAACAUGGCCAUCUCCAGGGCUAUGUCGGGUUUAUCGCUGGGGGGAGCGAGCUCCUUUGGACAGUCUGGUCAUUCUUCUGCUUGCCGGAAACGAGCCUCAGUGUCGAGAGAUUGGAUGAACUCUUUAAUAAUAAGGUUAGUGCGAGGCAUUUUGUGGAAUAA